AUGUCACCAUCUGGUAAAUCAUCAUCUGUUGCUGGUUUGACUGCAUCUGUUGCCAAGGAACCAGAAACUGGAGAGUUUUGUAUUGAGGUUGGUGCUUUGAUGCUUGCUGACAAUGGUAUUUGCUGCAUUGAUGAGUUUGACAAGAUGGACAUAAGAGAUCAGGUUGCAAUUCACGAGGGUAUGGAACAACAAACUAUUAGUAUCACUAAAGCAGGAAUACAAGCAACACUCAAUGCUCGUACUUCCAUUCUUGCUGAUGCCAACCCUGCUGGAGGACGGUACGAUAAGUCUAAGCCGCUGAAGUACAAUGUGGCUCUUCCACCAGCUAUACUUUCAAGGUUUGAUCUUGUAUACAUUAUGAUUGAUGACCCUGAAGAGUUUGCAAGGACUUGA